AUGACGACGAUGACAGACCCCCGCCGGACGUCCCGGAUGGGGCUCCUGGAUCCCCCCGGAGGCGGCCCCCACUCCCUGGACGCUGCCCUGCUACUCCGCAACUACCCGCCCACGCCCACGCCCGCACCCCAGCGUCACUCGGGCGGGUUUGAUAAUGUCGGCUUUGACCUUGAGAGUCUGAGCGACGCGCGGCCCGGCAGUCGCCGGCCGCUGGUCAGCGUGCACCUGCGCACGCUACCGCCGGAGGAGCAUGUACUGUCCUCGCUCUCCAGGCAGCCCAAGUCCCUGCCGCCCACGCCCGUGCUGCACGCCCACGGCCGCCGCAUCAGCCUGCCGCAGGAGAACAAGGUGAUGCCGUGGGGGACGCACGUGGGCGGCGUGCGGGUGAUCCAGGUUCCCCACGAAGUGAAGCAGCGCCCUUACGACGACCGCACCAAUGAGGACGAGCCGUGCCCGCCGCCGCCCGCACCUGAGGAGGAGGCAGGCGAGAAAGAGGCGGGCGGCGAGGAUGAGAGGGAGCAGGAGGGAGAGCAGCGGAGCGGUCCCGUGAACGUGGAGUCUAACAGAGUUGGGGAUGGCGCCUCGCCCUGCGGCACGCCACAGAAAACGAGUCCCGCACAGAAAACGGAGCCCGGGUGGGAGAUGUGCGGCAGCGCGGCGGCUGGGGGAGACAGUGUGCGAGAAACCAUGGUGGAGGCAGGGGGAGCCACGCGGCCCUCCGCUGCCGGUAGUGUGUCCGUGGCGUCCCCGUCGAGGAUGCCAGCCAGUGCCCGAGUGUCGAGAGUGCCUCUGCUGAGCAAUGUCGCCGCCAGCAGCAGUGUGUCCAGUGUUGUGCUGUGCGGGACGCCCACCACCACGGCGGCGCCGACCGUCAGUGCACUAACCAAAGUGUCCAGUGUCAGGAUUGUACCCACUCCCACGCCCACGCCCACGCCCAGCAUCAGCAGCAGCAACACGCCCACACACCACGCCAGACCCACCUGCCCUGCCCCCAGACCUGCUCCCAGGCCACCUAGACCUGCUGGCCAGGAGCCACAGGGGCCUGCUGCUGCCCCGUCACAGCCGCAGCAGCCCCCACAGGUCCAUGUCCCGCCGCAUCCAGCAGCGUCCCUGCCCCAGGGGUCGCUGCUGCCCCCGCCACAGCAGCAGCUCCCGCCGCAGCAUCCCCAGGCGGGCCAGCAUCUGCAGCAACUGCAGCACCACAACCAGCAACUGCAGGAGGCGCGGCGCGGGGAGCGGGAGCGCCGCAGAGAGCGUCGGCGGGAGCGUCGGGAACGCCGUGCCCAGCGUGCCGGGGGCCCGGGCGGGCAGCCCUUGCAGACGGACGUCGGAGAGAGCAUCCCGCCGCCCGCCGUGGCCCACGACGCCCACCUGCCCGACCUGCUUCACUCCCACGUGCCUCCUCCCUACUCCACCCUGCCCAGUGGAGGACGCCCGCUGGGGGGCUGCUGGGGCCUCCACCGCCCCCGGGACCAGCUGGCCCGCCUCCCCCACCACCAAUGCCAUUGCACAUACCCCCUCCACCACCCCCAGGACCUCCCCCGCCAGGGUUUCCUGCCCCGGCCCCUGUGCCCGGCUCGCCUCUCCGCCUGCCCCACGACAGCCCCUGGCCUUUCUUCGGCUCCAGAAGGCGCUGCUGUGAUGCACCUGCUGGUCCCUCGCCUCCGCCGCAGCGCAGCGCAGUGUAAAGCAGUGCUGGGAGGCGAGCGUGGCCGGUCAUUGUUGAGGGUGGACGCUGGUCUGUGGCGGGCAGCAGCAGCAGCAGCAGCAGCAGCAGCCUGGGGCUAA